UAUUAUUAUUAUUAUGAUUAUUAUUAUUAUUAUUAUUAACAGUAAUACGUAUAUACAUGAACGAAUCGAAACCGAACCCCUAUUUUGGUGGAAUGGGAAUCGCUCCACUUCGGUUCAAUGCGAUAUUUUGCUUGGGUUUAAACACGAUAGAAAUUAGGUUUUAAACUCUAUUUUCGUUCACCCAAAACAGAGAACCAACGAGAGAGAGAGAGAGCACGUAUACGGCGUAUACGGUACCGAAAACUUUCGUUUCUUCAAGCGGAGUGAAACCUGGGUGAACGUGGGGGUUUGGGAUCACUUAUAUACGACCUAAGGAAGCUUUUUAACGUGGUAUAAGGGGCGGAAGUCGUCGUUUUGAGAUUCGCCAUUUUUGAAGCUUCAAAGGUGCGGCUUAGUUACGGACUCAAAUUCGAACGUGUUUAAGCUUAUUCUUGGGUCAAGGGAGGUUAUAUUUGAGUGCAUGGGACCCUAAGGAUUGUUUUUGACGUAAGAAAACGAAGCUUUAACGUCCAAAACGAAAAUCCAAAAUUUUGACUCCAUUAAAGGCGGUACACCGCCAACGAAGAAGACAACCCCGAUCUGCCUUCUCGGACCACUUUUCUUGAUCGUUUUGAGGUCCUGAGCAUUGUGGAAAGCUUCCCCAAUCGAAAGGACGCUUCAAGAGCCAUCGGAGACAAAGUUACAUUUUACCGGCGACGAAACCGACGAGAACGCCGGCGACCGCGUUCUGACCAUUUCUGAGGUGUUUUUCUUAGAUAUUUUUGUAUAUUUUGAUUCCUUAUUUUAUUCUAAGGUGCUUGGUGAAGUUUCAUAAUUUUCUGAAUUUAUUUGGAAUUAUUGUGAAUUAUUUAGUAUAAUUCAUAGAUUAAUUAUGAAAAAUACUUAGAUUACUCAGAAAAAUCUAAAUAUAUUUUAUAUGAUUAGUUAUGAGAUAUAAACUAUUGCAAAAUUGGUAGAUUCGAAUUUCGGUUAAUUUUGUAUUUUUCAUGAAUUAUUUGUGUUAUUUAUUAAAUUAAUUAUGAAAAAUACUUAGGUUGCUCAGAAAAAUCUAGAUUAAUUUUAUUUGAUGGACUAUGAUAUAUAAACUGUUAUAAAAUUGGUAGAUUGAAUUUUCAGGCGAUUAUGUAUUUUUCAUGAAUUAUUGAUGUUAUUUCUUAUUUAAAUUAUGAAAAAUACCUAGGUUGCUUAGAAAAUUCAAAGAAAAUUAUUUAUGACUUAUUACAGAUUAUGAAGUGUAUUAGAAGAGUUAGAUUCGGUUUUAAUUUAAUUUUGGUAUUUUUCAUGAAUUUACUUAAUUAAUGCUUAAGUUAAUUAUGAAAAAUAGAUAAGUGUUGUUAAAAUAGUAAAAUGUAUUUUUGAAAUACCAUUUACUGUCUAUGACGUCAAAAGGAAUAGGUUUUAUUAUUUAUUAGUUGCUGUAGGUAUUUAUUAUAAUUAUUGGUGAUUAAUUAACUAUUUAUUUGGACUUUAAUAAGAAUAAAUAGUAUUUUAGUAAAUUUUACGUAAAAAUGUGUUGUAUGAAUUCAUGUUUUACGUUAAGAAUGUUUGUUUGAGUCCAUGCAAUAUGUUUGUGUGAAUCUAAAUAAUAAAUGCUUAUGUAUGGUGUGUCAUGCAAGUAAAAUGGACCUAUGUGUUACGUAUUUUUACGUAAGUUUCUGUAUGAGUUUAGAGAUUCAUACUUGAAUGUAUUUUGAGUGUAUUGUUGUGUUAAUGAAUGUCUAGGAUCUUGUUCUCAACAAGGAAAUUCGUUGAGGUGCUCGAGGUAGCAAGUGUGGUCUUAGCAACUGAGGAGUUUAGAAAUGCCUCCUAGAAGGUCAGUUAGAGUGGGUCGAGGUCGAGGUCGAGGUCGAGGCCAAGGCCAAGGCCGAGAUGAUGGAGGGAACAAUGAACCACCUCAAGCACCACAGGGAUGGGAAGAGCGCAUUGCCGCACUGGAAGGAAUCAUUCAUAGGCAGGAUGAAGAACUUCGUCAGCUGAGACGUCAACCGGAGCCGCCAGUCCAAAUAAGGCAGGAUGCAGAAAAUAGAGACCCACCAGCUGCAGUGGUAUAUCCUGCUACAGAGGCUAGACAUGAGUUGUUAGCAGAGAGAUUUCGGAAACAACACCCACCUGAGUUUGAGGGAGGCAUAGACCCGGUAGUGGCUGAGGAGUGGAUAAGUCGCAUAGAAAGCAUUUUGCAGAUGCUAAGGGUGGAUGGGAAUGACCGAGUGAAGUGUGCAUCUUACAUGCUGAGGAAAGAUGCUCGUAUCUGGUGGGAGGUGGUGGAACAAACAAAGGAUGUAGAUACCAUGAACUGGAACGAUUUCAAAAGGGUCUUUAAUGAGAAGUAUUAUAACUCAGCAGUUCUAGCAGCAAAGGUCGAUGAAUUUACUGGGUUAGUCCAAGGGAGUCUUACUGUGACUGAGUAUGCACAAAAAUUUGAUAGAUUGGCGAAAUUUGCUCCAGAUCUGGUACCUACUGAUAGAGUGCGAGCACAUCGAUUUGUGGAAGGCCUGAAACCAAUGGUUGCUCGAGAUGUGGAAAUUGUGUCAAGGGGUCAAUUCAGCUAUGCUCAAGUUGUCGAAAUGGCUCUUACGGCUGAGCGGAGUGAAAACAAAAUUUGGAAGGAAAAUGCUGCCAGGAGAGAAUCUAAGAAAGGUGGAGCCAAUUCUAAUGACCACAAGAAACGGGGACAGGACCAGUCCGGGCAGCCAAGUCAAGACAAGAGGUACAAAAGUGAUAACGACCAACGAUUUAAUGGCAGCAGUGGGCGAAACAUUCCAGAAUGCCCUAAAUGUACCAAACGUCAUCUCGGUGAGUGUCGCGCAAAAGCAUGUUACAAAUGUGGAAAAGAAGGACACAUCAAACGCAAUUGCCCACUGUGGGGACAGACUGGGAACAGAGCAGAACCCAAGAAAGAUGACAAGUAUGUUCCAGCCAGAGUUUUUGCCAUCACUCAAGCAAAAUACUGGCCAGAUGCAGUUCAGCACGCCAACGAAGCUAUUCAGAAGAUCAGGGCUAGAAUGAUCACAGCUCAGAGCAGACAGAAAUCUUAUGCAGACCUGAAGCGGAGAGACAUUGAGUUCGAAGUGGGUGAUCAUGUGUUUCUUCGAGUGACACCACGAAAAGGACUCUCGGUGAAGAGAUUUGGCAAGAGAGGGAAACUAAGUCCCAGAUAUGUUGGUCCAUUUCAGAUAUUGGAUAGAGUGGGCAGUGUAGCUUAUAGAAUAGCUUUACCGCCAUCAUUAUCUGGGGUGCACAAUGUAUUUCAUGUAUCUCAACUCCGGAAAUAUGUGUCAGACCCAUCGCAUGUUUUGAGCUAUGAAACACUGGGUUUGCAGGAGGAUUUGUCCUACAAUGAACGUCCGGUAAAGAUUCUUGAUCAAAAGGAUAGGAUUUUGAGAAAUAAGACAAUUACCCUGGUGAAAGUCCUAUGGAGAAACAGUGUGGUUGAGGAAGCUACUUGGGAGCUUGAAUCUGAUAUGCGAGAACAAUAUCCAGAAUUAUUUGAGUAA